GCUCCUUUCUGGCCACAGUAAGACUGACGCCACUCUUCUCUUCCAUGGUCAUAUCUUCGGCCUUCAUCCCAUUUGGCAAUUUCAAGUCAAAGCAGUACAGCAGAUUCGCCAGUACAAUUUCGACAGUGAUGAUUCCCAUGUUAAUUGCUGGACAGAUUCUGCGGCCAGCUCCAAAUGGCAAGGUACUCGAAGUCUUGCCCUUUGAAGUCCAGACAGCUAUCUGCAAACCUUUCAGGGAUGAAUUUAUCAGCAUUCUUCCAGUAGUUUGGGUCCCGUCCCAUUCCCCAGGCAUUGACGUAGAUCAUUGUCUUGGGGGGAAUAUCAUAUCUGCUGAUUUUCAAGUGGGACGAUGCUUCCCUAGGGAGAAGAAGAGGGGCUGGCGGACGGAGUCUCAGAGUUUCUUUGAUUACAAGCUUCAGUUCACAGUCAAUGCAGCAGUGUCAAUUCCAGCUAAGAACAGGUUCUGAGUGGCAAGUAAAGUUAGUGUCUGAUUGAGGAAAAAAUUCCAAUUUUGGUGGAAACGUAGUCUAUUGAAACGUAGUCUAUAUAUUGGGGAGGCUUACCAGGAAAACUGCCUUUUGAUGUUCUCUCUUCUGAACUGAGAUUUGCUACCGUGUAGUUGAGAUUGUUCCUUCUCGAUCGCCAACAGCACAUCAAUCAUGUCUUCUUCAGCUCUUUCCCUUCCGGGCUUAAGGUGUUCAUCGAUGAUUUGCCCGUAGAAAGUGUCAAGCUCGUGGAGAACUCUUUCAAUCCUUGCUUGUUGAAUAUUGAAUUUAUCAACAAUCCAACCAAACGGCACCCCUCUCCCGAUAUGGUUCCUGUUACAACCUCAGCUUCAUGAACCACUUCAUGAAACCUGCCUUUGUCAAAGUCGCUACCAUGGUAAUUGAACCCAAAAGACAUCCUGAAGGUUAUGUUUGCUGUGAGAGAGUAACACUUCGCGGUGAGAUUUAAGGUGGAGGCAGAUGCUGAUAUUUCCGAGAUGGAGUCAAUCAGCAGGCCAACUUCUUCCUCCCGAACAAACCAAAAUGCCUUCACCCUCUUUAAGCUGAACAGCUCCAGUAUGAUCAUUUUCCUCAUGAACCUCCAGUUGUCUCCAUAAGGUGAGAACCCCACGUCCAGAUAGUUAUAUGUCAGCCUCCUAGUUCCAGCCAGGGAUGGCCGGCUGCAACUGGCAUGGUCGUGAACUUUCAUGACUUCUUUGGCGGCUUCUGGGGAGGAGAUGAUCACAGCGGGUAUCUGGCCGAAGUGGAAUUGCAUAACAGGGCCAUAGUUCUUGGCAAGUUGCCAGAGUGACUGGUGAGGCAAAGCACCAAGCUGAUACAAGUUUCCCAAUACUGGAAGUUUAGGAGGACCUGAUGGUGGAAUCUGCUGCAGGCUGCUGUUCUUUCUUACUGAUAAGUUGAUUUUAUUCCUGAUGAUGAGAACUACAAGGGGGCAGAAGUAAGAGAACAAGGAGCCAUAUGGCUGUGAAAUCAGGUCUCCAUUUUCAGGACACAGAAGAGCGAUGAUUCCGUAAAAGGUCAGGACUGUCGGGAUGAUAUACUGAAACUACUGAGGAAUUGGCUUAUGGUAACACAUUAAAAUCGGCAUAUCCAUCAUUGAUAAAAACAUGUCGAUUCAUAUGUUAGUACCUUUGCGUUUUUCAGAUAGUGUUUUGUGACUACUGUAACCUGUGCGCCGCAGUACAUCUUGUUGGCCAAGGGCUGUGAAUGGUAGGUCGGACCGAACCCAGACAUCCGAUCUGUUUAAUUCGUUAUCUUUACGGCGGCAGUCGAGGGAUUGGGUUUUACCGCGCCUCCGGCCGUCGGCAACAAAGAUUCGCCGGCCGCCGUUCAGCGGCUUGGUUGUUCCCUACAAUGGCACAACUCAUCCCCUCUCCAAUUCCCUCUUCUCCUGCGAGUCCCUUCAGAUGCGCGGUUCUCGGCUGCGGUUUCGCCGGUCUCUCGGUGGCUUGGCACUUGCUGAAGCAGAACAGCCCCAGAGAGCUGCGGCUUCGAGUUGAUUUGUUCGAUGAAGCGGGAAUCGGUGGAGGUGCUUCUGGAGUUUCUGGAGGUCUCCUUCACCCUUACUCUCCCAAAGGCAAGCUUCUUUGGCGGGGUGCUGAGUGUUGGAAAGAGACCUUGCGGCUUCUGAACGUUGCAGAGAUGGCAGCUCGUCAUUCCAAGGACUCGAAUGAAACUUCUGAUGGUCUCAUUGUGAGAAGGAGGGGGAUCUUGAGGCCGGCAGUGAACAUGAAGAACUCGGAAAUAAUGACUGAGAAUGCUCAGAAUUGCCAUCCGAAUUGCAGAAUCGAGACAAUUGGUGAAGACUAUGCUCAAACACUUGUACCGAAUAUAUGUGCACCUCUGGACGUCGCCUUUUAUAUGCCUGCUGCUGUUAAUGUUUACCCUCGCCCCUAUCUUCAGGCACUGUUCUUAGCUUGCCAAAAUAUAAUGAAAGAAAAUGAUGUUGGACAGGAGUUGUAUUUGCACAAGAAGUCCAUUCAUAAACUCCUUGAUUUAGAAGGAGAAUAUGAUGCGGUCAUAAUAUGCCUUGGUGCAAAAGUAGAUAUGUUGCCUGAGCUAUCAGGGAGACUUCCUUUGAGGACAUGCAGAGGAGUAGUUGCCCACAUGCAAUUGCCCCUCGAUAUGGGGGAAGACUACCCGGAACAUGCACCAUCUAUAUUAUCGGAUGCGUGGCUUGCCAUCCAAGGAACUCGCAGUUUAUACAUGGGUUCAACAUGGGAAUGGAAAUCAACGAAUUCUUCCGCACACGUCUCAGCAGAUGAAGCUUCAAAGGCUCUUGAAGAGCUUCUGCCGAAAGCAUCCGUCUUUUAUCCAGGAAUCAAGAACUGGAGUUUGGGUGGAGCUAAGGCGGGUCUGAGGGCUAUGCCACCAUUAACUCCGCAUGGAUCCCUUCCGCUUUUGGGUUGUGUGAACAGUCUUGUAGGUCAGAAUUGUAGGUCCAGAUACUGGUUGUUUGGGGGACUUGGUUCAAGAGGUUUACUGUACCAUGCUUGGCUCGGUAAAUUGAUGGCUCAAGCUGUGCUUUCUUGUGAUGAACAAAUAAUCCCCUCUGAGCUUAUCGCUUGGAAGAACAUCAAAAGAUGAUUCGAACUUGAUUAUAUGUAGUCAUUGAAGAUCACUGAGAUCAAAUUG